CAGCGCGCGCGAAAUUCCAAGGGAGCGGCGCGGCGGGCGCGGAUUGUGGAAUGGCUCACGACACUACAGUGCCCAAACUGAACUUUGAAUAUUGGUUGGAUAAAGCUAUUGAAUGGGGUCAAGCCACUACAUUGGAAUCCCAGAAAGAUGUGUGCCUUCAUUUGCCUCAGCUCCAGGAAUUUCUACAUCAGCUGUAUGAAACAAUAAAACAUCUGCAGGGUUCCACUGCAGCAAUCCAGCAGUUCCCUUUAAUUGGACAGCUUCUAGGAAGGCUCUGUUGGAAUCCUUUUGUUAUAGGAUAUGAUGAAAGCCAGAGGACUCUGAUGUGGUGCUUAUGUUGUCUUUUCAGCAGUGAACCACAGAAUGCUGUGGAACUGAAGGCCAACAGCUGGAUACGGAGUUUGCUGUGCCAUCUCCUUUCUUCUUCUAAGUGGGAAAGUAAUGAAUCGGAAACCAGUACAUUCAUAUCAGCUCUGGGCUACACAUCAGCAGAUUAUUAUUGUCACUUGGUUAAAAAUAUGGUUGUUUCAUUAGUAACAGAACUCAGAGAAAACCAGUCCAAUGGACUUAACAUUCAGGAGAGCAUUUCAGCCAGUCAUGUGAAUGCUAUGUCCAUUUUCUGUGUGCCUCUCAUUACUUUGCCUGAUCUAACUCCAUUGCUGGAAACUCUCCUUCUUUACCAUGGAGGUUCAUCAAAAGAAAUUCUCAGUUCAGAGUUUCUAGAGGCUGUAAAUGAAGCCUUUUUAAAGAAGAAGAUCUCCCUUCCUGAACCACCUGUCUUCAGCCUUUGGCUUCGUCACCUACCAAGCCUUGAAAAGGCUACCUUACAUCUUCUAGACCAGUUGUUUUCCAUUCAGUUGAAUUCACUGGAAGAAGUGGCUCGUGUCAUAAAAGACUCAUUGCUGCCACAAGCAGCAAGCCAUCCUGCUAUUUUCAGAAUUGUAAAUGAAAUUUUCAAGAAUGCACUGAUGGAAACUGAUGGAACUUCAGAAGUUAUGACAAUAAUACAGGUGUUUACACAGCUCUUCCUUCAGGCUCAUCAGAAUGAAAACAAACAGCAUAAAUUUCCACUGAAGGCCUACUUCCCAAACCAACACCAGCCUCUUGUUAGAGGUUUAGCCAGACGUCCUUUUGAACUCCCAACUACCUCUUGGUCUCAACACUUGAAGCACAUUUCGGAUAUGCUCAAAGCAUUAGUAGAAGAUACAGAUGUUAGUUCUCUCACUGACCUCUUUGAAAUCUGGUUUUUGGUUGCUUGUUUUGGAGAAUGGCUGGAUAUUGCAGCAGAACAAUUACUGAAGGCUGCUGUAGAACCAGAUGCUGUGCUGUGGCUGCUGGCAUUUUACUACUGUCCUAAAAAUGAAAAUCAGCAAAGGACUCAAACAAUGGUAGAAGCUCAAGCAGUCUACAGUCAUCUAAUGAUGCUGUUCAGCUGUGCAGACCUUUCUCUCAAAGACCUGGAGGCUGCUGUACACAAGCUAACAGGUGUAGAGCAGUGUUGUAACCAGCAUCUUACAAUACACCUUCUGACCAACUUCUUGCUCUUUUCAACUGGUGGACAUAAGAUUGCCCAGGAUUGUAUUUACCAUGUUACUGAGAUAACUGAUACAAGCAAAGAGAUUUAUAACCUUCUUAUCCGUACUGCGUACAGAUUUAACCACAGUGGAGAAGAAAACCAAAGGACUGUGAAGCUGCUGAAUGCACUUCUUCAAAAACUUCCAUUGAAAGUUUAGAACUGUAAAGUCAUCUAUUUAUCAACCUAACAAAUCAGGUCUUUAUCCAGGUGUCAGCACCUGGCACUGCAGGUUACCAAGGGCAGUAAGAUACCUAUAUAAGCUCUAGCUGCUAAUUUAUAUUCCCUCCUCUAUAUUGAAAAAUAAUCUGUUGUUUGGAAAUGUUAAUCAUUUGAAACAUAAUAGUAAAUAUUAAAGAUGCUUGAAAAUUUAGUUCUGAGUUCCUUCUGUAACAAGAGACCUACAUAAUUUAAAGUGGUUCACUCAUCUUGUUUAUCUGGCUGAGGAUCAGUUUUUCUCCCAAAUUACGCCUGUGGGGUUUUUUAAAGCAAGUAAUAUCUAACUGCUUGAUUAUUAAGCUGUUACUAAAAUGUUUUGUUCUGUGCUUCUGCUUUUAUGAAACUAACCAUGAUCUCAAGUGAUUCAUGGUGUUCUCAGGAAAUCAGUGAGCAAUGUUUCCUGAACUCUUUCCUUCUUUUUGAAAAUGUUUCCAAAAUGAAACUCUUCCCAUAAAUUGCUAAAUAUGGUUUUUUAAAAUUCUGUAGCUUUCACAGGACAGUGUUCUCCUCUAAGAACUAUACCAAUAGCUGGUCUUUCUCAACAGAUAC